ACAGUACAUUCCUCCCCUCUGUCUGUCUCUCUCUCUGACAGUAAACUGCCAUCCUGGGUGAGUGUGUUUGUCCCCAGGGUCUUCUAUGUGACAGAGAAGGCCUGGAACUUCUACCCUUACACCAUCACAGAGUACUCAGUCUCCUUCCUUCCCAAGUUCAGCAUCCGUAUUGAGACCAGGUUUGAGAACAACAAUGGUGACAACAAUAAUGUAUUUGGAGACAGGCCCACCCCUGCAGAGAGUGUGAGCCACCUGGAUAUCCUCAUUGAUCCCAUCCCUGACAAACACUACAAGGAGACAGAGGACCUGAGUCGCUGGGUGUCUGAGAAGAUGGGCCGAGGCCCCCUGGUGGAAGGGUGGCGUAAGGACAGCACCCCCAUCAUGUGCUCCUAUAAGAGGGUGCAGUGCAGUUUCGAAGUCUACGGCUUCCAGGGAAAGACUGAGGACUUCAUACACAGGAACAUCCAGGACAUCCUACUGGUGGGGCACAGACAGGCUGUGGCCUGGACAGACGAAUGGCAUGGGAUGAGUUUGGAGGAUGUGAGAGAGUAUGAGCGACAGAUACAGGAACAGACCAACAGCAAACUCAAAUCAACCCAGAACAACAACACAGCAGCCCCUCGUCCGGCAUACUCGCGCUCUAUGUCCGUCACAGAUGAGCGCUCUCUGAAGAAGAUGGGAGUGAAGACUAUGGCCAUGUCAGACCCCUCCACCUCCACACUGCCUCAUAGCACUGUCCGCCUUAACUCCACCCCCGAGUAACACACACACGUUCAUACUGAUGCAUCAGUUCCUGCCUGCUUAAACCCCUCUGUGACAGUAACUACACUGCAUCAGUUCCUGCCUGCUUAAACCCCUCUGUGACAGUAACUACACUGCAUCAGUUCCUGCCUGCUUAAACCCCUCUGUGACAGUAACUACACUGCAUCAGUUCCUGCCUGCUUAAACCCCUCUGUGACAGUAACUACACUGCAUCAGUUCCUGCCUGCUUAAACCCCUCUGUGACAGUAACUACACUGCAUCAGUUCCUGCCUGCUUAAACCCCUCUGUGACAGUAACUACACUGCAGCAGUUCCUUUUUGUUUUACAGCCAUCCACCACAGACACAUUUAACCAGUAAAGCUACACUGUCCACAGAAGCAGCACUUAGACCACUCAGGUCCUACCCCUUUCUCCAGCUGUAACUAUAUAACCCAACCCCCUGUCCUACCC